AUGGAGAACAGCAAGCCAGUGAAAGAGGUGCUGCCCCUCCCUCGUCACCCCUCCUCCCCCCUUGCUCCCUCUUCCAAACACCCCACCAUAGGCUCCAUCCAGCAUGUACAGCUGGCCUCCUCAGUGGUGACGUCGUUCAACCACCUGAAGCCUCCAGAGAGGGAUCUGACCCUCAUGUCUCAUAUGAAGUCUAUCAAGUCUCUGAAGCACGCUGGCUUCACUGCGGUCUUCACUGGACCAAUGAGGCUUGAAAGUGAGGAGGUUUUAGAGGUGCCAAGCGUUGAUGUGAUCCUGGCUGACAUCGACUCUCUGGUGCCCACGUACGACGAAGCCGGCCGCCCCAUAGCAGAGUGGAAGCGACAGGUGAUGGUGCGGCAGCUGCAGGUCAGGCUGCAGGAUGAUGAGGAACAAAGGAGACAGGACACAACUAAUGGCUUCACAACAGUGGACGGCUGGAAGUAUUCAGAGACCCACAAUGCAGUCCUGGGGCCUUUCGGGGAGCUCCUGACUGAGGAUGACCUGGUGUACCUGCAGCAGCAGAUCGAGACUGUGUCCCUGCAGAAACACUGCCGGGCCUACGAGCUGGAGCUGACCCGGCUGACGGAGGAGCUGAGGGCCAUUUUACCCGACCCCACUGUCAACAUCUCUCUUAACAAAGAGGUUCUACAACAGGUGGACGCAGAGAACAAAAUGCACCUGACUUUGCCCUUGUGGUGCAGUCGUGUUUCAGAGAUUGUCAAGAGUAUGUCUCUGCUGGUGGCCAACCUGAGCCAAACCACAGAAUACAGUGGUGAGAAAAGAAUAAUGGAAGGGAUGAUGGAAGGGCUGCAGGGCGUAAAAGAUGGUUCAGAGAUUGAUUUGGGCCAGGAAUUCCUGCAGCAAGGCCAAGAGAUGGUGCCAGCACAUGUGGAGACCUCUGGUGGAUGCAGGAUACCUCAGAUAGGUAUGGCGUCUGCUUUUAGUCAUCGUUUGGAGGCCAACAGCUACAGCAGAGCACGGAGAGAGAGGGUGGAGAGGGAGAUCCAACAGUCUGGGGUGUCUGUAAGAAACCUCCGAUCCAACUUUGAAGGUCAGAUAGGUAGUAUUUAUCCCUUUGCUGGCGUUGCGAGUGGAGGCCACGGUGUGAAAAAACAGGCAGAGGUUGGGGCUUCUGGAGGAAAUGACAGAGCAGAUGGCAGCAGGGGAAUCAGCUGUGAUGUGAGCUAUAGUGACGCUCCUAAAAAAGUCAUACCUGUGAUGGAGACUAGCAGCUUGAGGAAAGAGCGCAUAGUGGUGCUGUUCCUGAGCCACUGGAAAAAAUCUGCAUACGCUAUUUCAGUGAGGGCGGCGAGGCGGAGACACGAGCAGGAGGUGGAAUCAGGGAGAGGGAUGGCAGCACCGCCUUUAAAGAAAAUCACGUCCAUGUUUCAGUUCUGCCAACAGCGAGGAGCCGUGGACAAGAUACUGAACACCUGGAGGAGUAAACCAGGACUCAAAGAGCGACCAAAGUCCUGUUCCUCCUCCUCUCAAAUAACCUACUCCCCAGAGCAAUUCCUGCCAGAUGUGGACGGCGUUGCAGUGAGCCACGACAGCUUGACCCUUGACCUUUUCAUGUUGGGAUACUUCCGCAUCUUAGAGCAAGAACUGUUGCCCGAGGAGAGGAAGAUGAGGCACCUCCUCUGCUUCGAAGUCUUCGACCAUGUCGGCGGGUUCCCCUGGGAGACGGUGAGGGACUUCCACAAGGCAGUCCUUCAGGAAAUCCAGGCAGGGAGGCGGCAAUGGAGCGACGGCUUCGAAGACAUCAAAGUUUGCUUCUUUGGGGAAUCAAGAGCAUGUUACCGUGCAUCAUCUCCACCAUCAUCAUUGUUGCCAGAUUCCAGACUAGUACCCAAAGUUAUAGUUCAAUCUGCUUCUCCAGAUGAGUGUAGCAGUGACACAGACGCUUCUUGUUUCAACAAUGAAGACAUUUGUAAAUACAUCGACCGCAGCUUUGCUUUCUGGAAGGAGAAGGAGGCCGAGCUGUUUGAUUUUGAACAUCAGUCUUGA